CCCACAGUGACAAUCAUGACAACGAUGUUCAUCCAACUGCGCCGUGUGGUGUACCUGUUGGUACUUCUGCAGUGCUGCGUGUGUGUUGUUCUUGCGCAAAGUGGUUUUACUUCUGUAGAAACGGAAUUGGGAGCAUCCUUUGAAAGUAUGAAAAAAAAGAUUGUCGAGGUUGAGAAUGCUUAUGAGGCAGCAAAAGAAACUGUUGGUCCGUUGAUGAACGCAAUAGUUGUUUGUGAAGAAGCUUCUUUAGCUUUGUCAAAUGCGAAUGAGAAAGCUAAUGUCUUUGUGGAAAAAACUAAAGAGGAAAUAAAACAAAAAGUAGCUAAUAUGUUUGACAUCGGAACGAGAGAAGUGGAAGCUAAAGAACUAGUGAAUACAAUUACGGUUGCAGUAGAGAAUGCCACAAAAGCCACUGCUGCAGUGAAUUCUGCAGCAGAUACAUCGUUCUCUGCAGCCAAUAAACUUGAGGAGAUCGCAUCACCGUUGUAUAAUAUCUCAACUAAUUUUUCGAAUUUCACCACAUCUGUAAGGGAAUUGUCAGGAACUACAGAGGAAGAGAAACGUAUGGCCGAAAACGGUUCCUUUAAUAUUACAAAAGCAAAAGAAUUCGUGAUCACAUUGCUUUCACGUGUUAACGAUGCAACGCAACAGGCCUCUUUAGCAGAACAAGACGUACAAAACGCGACUCAAAUAAGGAAGUUGGUGGAAGAGACAAUACACAGCCUAAGGUCAGCAGUAAAGAAGACUUCCGAAGAACACACACGAAGGAAUAAUGCAGGAGUAGACAAGGAAGUGUCAGAGCAGGAAAAAACAGAGGGAGGUAAUACCAACCAGAACAACCAAACCAGCCAAAACGAUCGGACGUCGCCCGAAAAGGUUGAAGUUCCCAAUCCACAAGACGUCAAUCAAAGAGAGACGGAAACACAUGAUGAGAAAAGCCAACAAGGAGUGAAGAACGAGAACACAACCGAGAAUUCCAAUGAAAACAAAGAAACACUAAAUCCCCCAUCUGAUAGUGCCGAUUUGCCAUCUCGCACUGUUUCUUCAGUUUCUAAUGGUGUGAAUGUUUCUGAUGUAAACGACAGCAGCAGCAGUCCUGCAUUGGUGCACGGUCCCUUGCUGCUGCUUCUGCUGUGUGUGUUGGACUGCGCUCUCGUGUGCUGA